GUAAGAAUGGGGCGGAUCAUGGAUAAAUAAAGCAAUCUUUUGAGUUUUAGUGCCAUGUUGGAUUGAUAGAGUAGUACCUGGAGUUUUCUGCAUGCUGCUUGUGCUUUUCUGGUUAUGCUUUUGAUGUGAUCAUUCCAGUUGAAUUUGCUAUUAAGGAUGAGUCCACGAACCCUACGAGUAUGUCCCAAAUCACAACUGAGUUCUACAUUGCCAUAGCAGUUGUCCUCCUAAGCUUACUGUAUUACCACUUCAAAUCAAGAGGAACACCACCCGGACCUUAUGGUUUCCCUUACCUUGGAUUGUGGCCUAUUUUGAGACAUGAUACCUGCCAUUUGCAACUGAUGGAAUAUGGAAAGAAAUACGGCGAUGUCUUCAGCUUCACUUACACGGGGCGUUUAUUCAUUCAUUUCGGGAAUGUCAAAGCUGUCAGAGAAGCUCACAUCACCAAAACGGACUGCUUUUAUGAAAGACCAGAUUCUUUUCAACUUCUUUACAGUUUUUUAAACGGGGGUGUUGUAUAUAUGAGAGGAGAAGGCUGGAAGACUGCCAGGAAGUUUCUAUUGAAUCAGUUUAGAGAACGAGGUAUGACGACCGUUAAAGACCAUCUGUCGGGCCCUAUUUAUGAUAUUGUUCGCAGUACCAUCGUUGAUCUCAGAAGAACAAACGGCCAACCCGUAGACAUUGCUGAGAUACUCUUGUCGAAAUGCACCAAAGUCAUGCGCCAAACACUGUUUGGUAAUGAUGGAGUCACAGAACAGGAAUUAGUAGAGUUCAACAGAGCUUACUUCAAGAACUUGAUGUGCAUGACAAGCAUUAAUCUUCUUCUCAUUGGAAAUUUCGCUAAGUAUUUUCUUUUCCCAUUUCACAUGAAUGUUAAAGAAGGUAAAAAAGGUCACGUGGUCAUGAGAAGUAUAUUAACGAAGGUUAUCAAUAGACAUAAAGCAACCUACAAUGAAAAUCACAUACGGAAUGCAAUUGAUGCUUUCUACAAAGAAAAGAAGUUGAGAGAGGGUAGGCAGGAUCCUACUGCAAAGUAUUUUACAGACGAAGUUCUAUUGAGAUCAUUGCUGCAAAUCUGUGCCGAUGGUAUUCUUUUUGUGGCAAUGUUCGCUGGAAUUUUUAUUGAAGCUGCUUUGAAAUAUCCAGAAGAACAAGAGAAUGUGUAUCGAGAGAUUUUGGAAGUGGUGGGAUCAGACAGAAAUCCAGAAAUGGAAGAUAAAAGUAGAUUGAUCUAUACCAAUGCAUUCCUAUCUGAGGUGAUGAGGACUUCGGAUAUAUUUACUGUCUUUGCCAGUUUAGAAUGCAGCAAGGAAACAACUAUUGGUGGAUACAGAAUUCCCAAGGGAGCAGUUACAGUUUAUAACUUCUGGGCAGCUCACAUGAAUCCCAACGAUUACGAUGAACCAGAAAAAUUUAAACCUUCAAGAUUUCUUGCUAAGGAUGGACAAAAAAGGCCCGACCUUCUACCACUUUUCGGAAUAGGUAAGCGUGCUUGUAUGGGAGAAGGAUUCGCCAUGUUGCAAGUUUUUCUGUUUGUCACUACCAUUUUGAAGAACUUUCGUUUGACAAACCCUGCAGAAAAAGCUAAGGACACCAGUUUGUUCUUCUAUUUUGACAAAAUCGAAGUAUGUGCGCACCCAAGAAAUUAGAGCCCUUCCGAGCUUCUUAGGAGCGAUGCGUUUAUUCAUCAAACUUAACUGGGUUUUGGAAUGCAUGAUCGAAGGUUGUUUUGAAUCAUCAGUUCGUGCCUAUCAUCCAGAGAGAGUUCUGCAGAGAAAAAAAUAUUGUAAUCUUAAUUCUUUCUAAAAUGCAGUUUAAUCUUAAUUUUAAUAUUAUUUAACUAGUGGGCUGCGCCCCCUGCUCGCUAACGCUCGCCAACCGCUGAAAAUUGCUACGCAAUCUUAUAUGGUUUGCUUCGCAAACUAAGCUCGCUUCGCGGCAAUCAUUAGUCGACUUUCUAACGUUGCCAUUCGGGGAGUUGUAAUGAGGCUUUUUUUUGUCGCCGUGUAAGAGAAAUAUAUAUAUAGAUGAUUUUGUGAGACUAACUUUUCUCGAAACUUAUCUAGAGAAAAUGUUUGUACAAUAAGGAUUUAUAAAUUUACAUUAUAUGUUACUUUCUUUUAAUUCAAAGUUGUAAAAAGGGUAUGUAUGAAUUUAUUUGAAGCAACAUUUAUUUUCAACUCAAAUGGGAACGUUUGAUAAUAUCGAAAUCAACAAUUAUUAUCAGAGUUUCUCUAAUACACUAUUGUGAUCAUUAAUCUAUUGUAAUAUCAAUGUUCGAAAUUGUUUCAAGCUCGAAGUUAAAAAUAAAGUUGUGUACUUCGUUCUAUUA